AUGCCUACAUUCAAUCAAUUGAUUCGUCAUGGUAGAGAAGAAAAACGGCGCACGAACCGUACUCGAGCUUCGGAUCAAUGUCCCCAGAAGCAAGGAAUAUGCCUGCGUGUUCUUACGAGAACACCGAAAAAACCCAAUUCAGCUCUACGUAAGAUAGCCAAAGUACGGUUGAGCAAUCAACAACAUAUAUUUGCUCACAUUCCAGGCGAAGGUCAUAAUUCGCAGGAACAUCCUAUAGUCUUAGUAAGAGGAGGUAGAGUGAAAGAUUCGCCAGGUGUGAAAUCCCAUUGUAUUCGAGGAGUCAAGGAUUUGCUGGGAAUUCCGGAUCGCAGAAGGGGCAGAUCCAAAUAUGGUGCUGAAAGACCUUCAUCGAAAUGAAUGGAAGAUGCCUCG